CCUCUGACCUGUCACCUCAGGGGGAACUGGUGGGGUCAUGCACCCUACAAACAUGGCACCCCCUGCUCUGCCUGCCCCCCCAGCUACGGAGGACGAUGCAAGGACAACCUCUGCUACAAAGACAAAGUUACAGAGUCGCAGAGAUCUCAGGAGGAAACCGAGGAAAACAAUUAUAUCGAACCAGAGGCCCCGCGGAGCCCCCAGAAGCCACGCCCAAGGGCCCCCCAGCCAAAGCCCCCCCCUCUGGCUAAGACCCCCGCACCCCCCUCCAACCCCCCACCAGAGGAGCAGGAGAGGAACGAGGUGGUCAAUACACAGCAGAUGUCUCAGCUUGUGACCUGUGACACUAAGCUACGAGAUCAGUGCAAAGGAACCACGUGCAACAGGUACGAGUGUCCUGCCGGCUGUCUAGAGACCACAGGGAAGGUGGUUGGGACAGUACACUAUGAGAUGCAAUCCAGUAUCUGCCGUGCUGGCCUCCACUCUGGAGUGGUAGAUAAGGAUGGAGGAUGGCUGGAUGUCACCAGACAAGGCAGGAAGGACUUCUUCAUCAAGUCCAACAAGAAUGGAAUUCAGUCUCUAGGGAAGUAUCAGAGUGCCAACGCUUUUAUCAUCUCCAAAGUAGCAGUGAAAGCUAUCACCUGUGAGACCACGGUGGCUCAGAUGUGUUCAUAUCAAAAGCUUGUAAAGCACUGUCCAAGGUUAUAUUGCCCCCGCAACUGCAUGGACGAGAACCCUAACAUAUCACGGGUCAUCGGAACCAGAAUCUAUUCGGAUAAAUCCAGUAUAUGCCGGGUGGCGGUUCACGCAGGGGUGCUUCAGAACGAUGAGGGUGGCUACAUCGACGUGAUGCCGGUAGACAAGCGGAAACAGUACAUUGCCUCGUACCAAAACGGCAUUACUUCCGAGAGUCUUCAGAACCCACCAGGAGGAAAGGCAUUCCGGGUGUUUGCUGUGAUCUGAAUGUUCCGUGUUCUGACUGAUUGUUCCGUGUUCUGACUGAGUGUUCCAUGUUCUGACUGAGUGUUCCAUGUUCUGACUGAGUGUUCCAUGUUGUGACUGAGUGUUCCAUGUUGUGACUGAGUGUUCCAUGUUGUGACUGAGUGUUCCAUGUUGUGACUGAGUGUUCCGUGUUCUGGCUGAGUGUUCCGUGUUCUGACUGAGUGUUCCGUGUUGUGACUGAGUGUUCCGUGUUCUGACUGAGUGUUCCGUGUUCUGACUGAGUGUUCCGUGGUCUGACUGAGUGUUCCGUGGUCUGGCUGAGUGUUCCGUGUUCUGGCUGAGUGUUCCGUGUUCUGGCUGAGUGUUCCGUGUUCUGACUGAGUGUUCCGUGUUCUGACUGAGUGUUCCGUGUUCUGACUGAGUGUUCCGUGUUCUGACUGAGUGUUCCGUGGUCUGACUGAGUGUUCCGUGGUCUGGCUGAGUGUUCCGUGUUCUGGCUGAGUGUUCCGUGUUCUGGCUGAGUGUUCCGUGUUCUGACUGAGUGUUCCGUGUUCUGACUGAGUGUUCCGUGUUCUGACUGAGUGUUCCGUGUUCUGGCUGAGUGUUCCGUGUUCUGGCUGAGUGUUCCGUGUUCUGGCUGAGUGUUCCGUGUUCUGGCUGAGUGUUCCGUGUUCUGACUGAGUGUUCCGUGUUCUGACUGAGUGUUCCGUGUUCUGACUGAGUGUUCCGUGUUCUGACUGAGUGUUCCGUGUUCUGACUGAGUGUUCCGUGUUCUGGCUGAGUGUUCCGUGUUCUGGCUGAGUGUUCCGUGUUCUGACUGAGUGUUCCGUGUUCUGACUGAGUGUUCCGUGUUCUGACUGAGUGUUCCGUGUUCUGACUGAGUGUUCCGUGUUCUGACUGAGUGUUCCGUGUUCUGACUGAGUGUUCCGUGUUCCGAAGGUCAGGGGCUCCAUCUCUCCUCUCUCACCAAACACAGAAUCACUCAUCUCUGCUGUCUGCAGGCUGAAUGGGCCGUGAACACUCAUCUCUGCUGUCAAAACCAAAAACGUUUUUCUGGCCUUUUCACUAGCCGCGAGGUCAGCGUACGUCUCCACGGAAACUAUAGACAUGUUUGACAUUUAACACAGGUACGGGCAGCGCUGAAUGAAGAGAGAUGAGAGAGAGCAAGGCUGGUGCUCAGUGCAGUCACAUUUCAAUGUUUUAAUGUUAUCUGGUUCAUUUUAAUGUUAUCUGGUUCAUUUUAUAAACUGUAUAUAUUUGACGUAAUUGCUAGAAUUACUUUAAACUGCAAAGUGUAGUACCAGUCAAAAGUCUGGACACACCUACUCAUUCCA